AAAUAAAUUCAUAAUUACGAUACAUUUAACCACCAAGCUCCACUUACAUAAAUAUCCCUCAAAACUCCACUAGUAACCUUCCAAUAUCUUUCACCCACCAAACAAAACAAACCAACAAACAAAUCUCUCUCUGCAAGCCAAAACACUAAACGCCACUUCACGGUACAAUGACGGAGAAAGAGUGCGACCACCAUGACGAAUAUGACGAAAGGAAGAGGAGACGCGUAAUAUGGGCGUUGCUAGGCUUAAUCGUUGUGGCUGCGUUUGUCGUUUUCUUGGUCUGGGCUAUACUUCACCCGCACGGACCGCGUUUCGUCCUCCAAGACGUAACCAUUAAUGACUUCAACGUCUCCCAGCCAAAUUACCUCACUUCGAAUCUUCAGGUUACUGUCUCUUCUCGCAACCCAAACGACAAGAUCGGAAUUUUCUAUGACCGUCUCGACAUCUAUGCCUCAUACCGGAACCAAGAGGUGACGAUUGCGAGGCUUUUGCCGACGACGUAUCAAGGACAUCUGGAAGUUACGGUGUGGUCACCGGUUCUGAUUGGCACCGCCGUUUCGGUGGCUCCUUACUUGUCUCCGGCAUUGGACGAAGACUUCAUGGCCGGGUUGGUGCUCCUCAACAUCAAGAUAGACGGUUGGGUUAGGUGGAAAGUGGGCUCGUGGGUAUCCGGCAGUUAUCGCCUCCACGUUAAUUGUCCGGCGUACAUUAACGUGCCCCGCCAGUUAGUCGUCGGCGUUGGUCCGGCGAUGAAGUACCAGCUUGUUCAGCGAUGUGCUGUUGACGUAUGAAAUACAAAAGCAAAGCUAGAAUAUAUAUUUUCCAGGGGAAUAUAAAGUUAUAAGGUAAAGGUUAAAUAAAUUAGAGCAUUUUGUUGUCUAUUUGUGUGGCUUGUUAAUUACUUUUUUUCUAAAAGGUGUUAAAAAGAACAAGACGCUGAUUAAGCUUUUUUUGCUUUUCACUAAUCUCCAAGGUACUAAAGUAUAAGAAUUUAUCAGUAA